AUGACUUCUGAACUCUACUAUGAGGCCCUCCCUCCUCAAUUGAAACCCAAGCAUUACGAUGUUUCUGUGUACGAUUUGAACUUGGACAACGACACCUACAAGGGUGAAGUUGUGAUCGACUUGGACAUUGUGGAGGAGACAGACGAGUUGCACUUACACUACAGGGACUUGGAGAUUGGCGACAUCAAGGCUUCGGUCGGUGAAAAGACCAUUGAGGCCUCGGUGGCUUCUCAGGACCAGAAGGGUGAGUUUUUCGUGAUCAAGUUUGCGGAGAAGGUCGCUCCAGAGUCUGCUACGGUCCAGGUCUCUGUGAGUUUCACCGGUACCAUCCAGACCAACAUGGCUGGUAUGUAUAAGUCUUCUUAUAAGGAAGGCGGUGCUACCAAGUACAUGAUUCUGACCCAGUUUGAGGCUACGGACGCUCGUAGAGCCUUCCCAUGUAUGGACGAGCCAGCCUUGAAGGCUACGUUCGUGGUCCAUAUCACUUCUGAUAACAACUAUACCGUUUUGGGAAACACCCCAGUGGAAAAGGUUCAGGAGAAGGGUGACCAGAAGAUCACUUCGUUCCAGAAAACACCUGUCAUGUCGACUUAUCUUUUGGCUUGGGCUUUGGGUGAAUUCGAGUUCAUUGAAGGUUUCACCGACGAGACCUACUACAACGACAAACCUUUGCCUGUGAGAAUUUAUACUACCAAGGGAUACACUAAGGAUGCAGAGCUUGCUCUUUCCUUGGCUCCAAAGAUUGUGGACUACUUUUCCAAGAUCUUCGAGAUCAAAUACCCAUUGCCAAAGUUGGACCUUUUGGCUGUCCACGCUUUCUCUCACAAUGCCAUGGAGAACUGGGGUCUUAUCACUUAUAGAUCCACUGCUCUUUUGUACAACCCAAAGACCUCUGAUCCAGAGUACAAGCAAAAGGUGGCCUACGUUGUUGCUCACGAAAUCGCACAUCAAUGGUUCGGUAACUUGGUGACUAUGCAAUGGUGGGAUGAGCUUUGGCUCAAUGAGGGUUUUGCUACUUGGGUCGGUUACGCUGCUGUUGACUACUUGUUCCCUGAAUGGGACAUCUUCAGUGCAUUCGUUUCUACCUCGUUGCAAACCGCUCUUAAAUUGGAUGGCUUGAGAAACUCUCAUCCUAUCAAGGUGCCUGUGAAGAACGCCUUGCAAAUCGAUCAACUUUUCGACCAGAUCUCUUAUUUGAAGGGUGCAUCCACCAUUCUUAUGCUUUCUGCCUACUUGGGUACUGGCACUUUCCUCAAGGGUGUGGCUCACUACUUGAACGCUAACAAAUAUGGUAAUGCCACUUCGCUAGCUCUCUGGAAGAGUCUUUCAGAGACAUCCGGCCAGCCCGUUGAUAAAAUGAUGGAGUCAUGGAUCACUAAGAUCGGUUUCCCUAUUAUCAACGUCUCCCAAGAGAACGGAAACCUUGUGCUUAAACAGUCUAGAUUCUUGAAUGGUGGUGAUGUCAAGCCAGAGGAUGAUGAAACCAUCUGGUGGGUUCCACUCAACGCUUACGGUGACAAUGUUGAACAGUUGGGUAAGGAUUUUAUUGACCAAAAGGAAGAUGUUAUUGAGGGCUUCAAGGUAGAUGGAUUCUUCAAGCUCAACCAGGAUUCGCAAACCGUUGUAAGAGUUGACUACUCAAAGGAAAUUCUUCUGUCCCAUAUCUUGCCAUACUUUGAUAAGCUUUCCUCAAAAGACAAGGUCGGUGUAAUUGCUGAUGUUGCUUCCAUUGCUAUCUCAGGAAAUGAGCACACUAACACGAUAACAUUUUUGGAACUUGUUAAGUCUAUCGUACUCGAUAACGAUAAGAUUGGUGAGUCUUAUGUUGCUUGGUUGGAGCUUUGUUCUCGUUUGUCAACCGUGAAGACUACUUUUAGCGGUGAAGAUGAGGAACUUGGCAACAAGGUUACACAUUUCAUUCGCCAGGUCUACUCCAAGUUGGCCAUCAAAUUGCUCAGCGAGGAGGUGGAUGCCAAUGAUGUUCUCAAGACUAAGCUCAAAGCUCACAUCUUGAACAGUGCUGCUACAUACCAAGUUCCAGAGGUGAAACAGCUAGCUCACUCUUACUUUGGAAGCUGGAAACAGUCUAAAACUAUCGACCCUGCUUUGAGAUACUUCACAUUUUCUUCUGUCCUUGCGUCGCAGGAUGUUACUGAAGACGACGUUAAGGUUGUGUUGGAUGAGGUUAUCAAUCCUUCUGCUUUGGAUUCCAGAGAGGUUGCCUUGAGUGCCUUGGGUAACAUUUCUAGCAAGGGCCUUGCAAAGAAGAUUAUCGAGACCAUCAUCGACAUUAAUAUUGUCCCCGUUAUGGAUGCACACUUCUUGGCUGGUAACCUCUCCAAGAACACCGUGGUGAGAGAUCUCUUGUGGGAGUUCAUCAAGGAGAACUACUCUACGCUACACAAGUUGAUGUCCACCAACAUGGUUGUGUUAGACAGAUUUAUCAGAUUCACAUUGGGUAACUACCAGCUGGAAAGCAUGGCCGAAGACGUUGAAGCUUUCUUCAAGGACAAGGAUGUCAACGGAUUCGAAAGAUCCUUGUCUCAGGUGUUGGACUACAUCAGAAUCAAUGCUGCCUGGUUCAAGAGAGACCAUGCCCUCGUGAAGGAAUGGUUGACUACCAACAAUUUUUAA